UGAUGAAACUGAAUUUAAUUUAGUCUGUCAGAAAGGUAUCUUUCCUUAUGAAUAUAUAACUGAAGAGGGUAAGUUAUUAGAAACACAGUUACCUCCGAGAGAAAAUUUCAGAAGUAUGCUUACUGGUGAAAGUGUAACUGAUGUAGAGUAUAGACGUGCCUGUGAUGUAUGGAAAGUGUUUAAGUGUAAGACUAUUGGAGAUUAUUCAGAUAUAUACUUGAAAUCAGAUGUUCUUUUAUUAGCUGAUGUAUUUGAGAAUUUUAGGAAGUUGUGUCUUGACACUUACAAAUUAGAUCCUGCACAUUAUAUCACCUCACCAGGAUUAGCUUGGGAUGCUUUACUUAAAUCUACUGGUGAAAGUUUGGAAUUAAUAACUGAUGUUACACAGUUACAGUUCAUUGAAAGAGGGAUCAGAGGAGGAAUUGUUCACUGUUCACACAGACAUGCUGUGGCAAAUAAUAAAUAUAUGAAAAAUUAUGAUUGUUCUAAAGAAGACUCCUUCAUAGCAUACUUUGAUGUGAAUAACCUGUAUGGUUGGGCUAUGAUGCAGUAUCUACCAGUUGGCAAAUUUAAAUGGUUAAAUGAAGAUCAGGUACAUGCAUUUGAUGUAACAAGUGUAUCUGAUGAGGCAGAUGUUGGUUAUAUCUUAGAAGUUGAUCUGAAACAUCCUAAGCAUUGUCAUGCUUUGCAUCAAGAUUUACCCCUUUGUCCUGAGAAAAUGAAAUCUCCAAAAAGUAACAGCAAAGCACCACCUAGGCUCAUGUGUGCUCUGUAUAAUAAAAGCCGAUAUGUUAUUCACUACAGGAACCUAAAGCAGUGUUUGAGUUUAGGUCUUGAAGUGAUUAAGAUUCAUAGGAUUCUAUCAUUUUCGCAAAAGGCUUGGAUGAAACCCUACAUUGAGAUCAACACAAUGAAGAGGGCAAAGGCUACAAACGAUUUUGAGAAAAACUUUUUUAAGCUGAUGAAUAACAGUACAUUUGGGAAAACGAUGCAAAAUGUACGAAAAAUGCGUGAUGUUCGACUGACAACCUCAUGGUAUGGUAGGUAUGGUGCUGCCUCAUUAAUAGCCCAACCAAAUUUUAAGAAGAGAAUUAUCUUUGAUGAAUCACUAGUAGCUAUAGAAAUGGCUAAGAUAUCAAUAUUGUUUGACAAGCCAAUUGCUGUGGGCAUGGCAAUUCUAGAUAUUUCUAAAACAUGUAUGUACAACUUUCACUAUAAUUAUAUGUUAAAAAAGUAUUCACCAGAAAUUGUAAAAAUGUGUUACACAGAUACUGAUAGUUUUGUUUACCAUAUAUCUACAAAGGAUCUGUAUGAGGAUAUUAAACCUGAUAUCAGUAACAUGUUUGAUACCUCUGGAUAUAUGUUUAAUAAUAGGUCUUAUGAAAGAUGAAUUUAAUGGAGAAAUUAUAACAGAAUUUAUAGGCUUAAGAGCCAAAAUGUAUGCAGUUCAAACUGAUUCUCAGUGUGUAUUGCAAAAGGCAAAAGGAGUGAAACGUGCAUCUCUAAGAGAGAUGAACAUUAAUGACUAUCGUACAUGUUUAUUGGAUAAUGUGCUUAAAAUGAGCACACAGUUCAGUAUUCAAUCAAAUUUUCAUGUAGUCCGUACAGUAAAGCAAAGAAAACUAGCAUUGUCAUAUGAUGAUGACAAACGUUAUGUGGAAGAAAAUGGUAUAAAUACAUUACCAUGGGGACAUUACAGAAUAGCAACAGAUUCAGUUUCUAUGUCUGUGAGUUGUGUGCCAGUAGAAAGCUGAAACAUGUGUAACUGUAUAUGUGCAAUUGUA